AUUGAUAUACUAGUUCCUCAACCAAUUUUAGGUUCUCAUAAGAGGGGGGAGUUUAGGAUCGAGUUUCGAGGCAUUUGGAGGUCAAAACGAGCCAAAAACUAGAGGUUGUGCACAAGUCACGGCCUGAGACGUGACAUUCGACAAAUAGGCAGUGAGAUGAGCAAAAAAGAAGUAGGUUUUAUACAAGUCACGGCCAGUUCACAAGUCAUGGGCUGAGUGUCCCAAGUCACUGUUGUGGUCGUGACUUAUGACACAGGGGGUGACUUGGGACGUUCCAGUGGCCAAAAUGGCACGUUUUUUGCCGAUGUCACGACCUUGCUCGAUUUCAAGACCUUGACUUAUGAAAAUGACUCGUGCAAACUGUUGUAUUAAGUUGUUGUAAUUCUGAGAGAUGAGAGCUGGGUUUUUUACCAAAAACAUCCAAGGGGUGUUCCAAAGAUAGGGAGAUCGAUCUAGGAGGGUUCUUGGACCAUUGGAGCUAGAAUAAGAAUAGCAUCCCUAGGCAUAGAGAUUGAAGAUCUUAAACCUUAUCUUGUACUCUCUCUCCUCUUUAUGGAAUAGUUCUCCUUUAAUAAAGUUUCGAUGAACCUUAGCCAUGUGUAGCUGGAUUAAAUGAUUGUAUGAGUAUUGUAUCUUGAUUCUUUAGUUCAUAUCCAAUAUAUGCUUGAUUUUGCGGUUCUAUUAUGCUCCAUUGUGUAUUGUUGAUUAUGCUUUGACCCUAUGAUAGAGAAUAUCUUGUUAGGACAAUAGAGCACCAUGGGAGUAAGGGGUCGAUUUCACUAGCACUAUUCAGGUAUUUGCUUUGUAUUGUGCUGGAACCUCACCAAAUAGAGAUAGUCUAGUGUAGAACGCUUUGAUCGGUUUAUAUAGAAAAGGUUAAGGGCUUCUAAGCAAUCCACUUACGAGGGCCUUGAUUGCUCAAAAAGAUAUUCAAGGUCUAGUCAAGGAUCCUCUGCAUUAUGAAUGACGAAUAAAUCAAGUUAGAGGAUCAUCAACAAUAGAUCUGGUUAUUGGCUACUGGGAAUAAAUGCCUAUGUGAGCUCCCAAUUUGUAAUUAGUUAGUGUAGGUGUUAUGGUAGUUUAGUUAGUGUAGUUUCUUAAUCUCAAUCUUAUGUGGCUAGAUAACAAACAAAAGCAGGAUAAUAGUAAACCUAGAGACCCUAGGGUUUGGUAAUUUUAUUACUUUACUUCCACUGUACUACACCAGAUUGUUAGUUAUACUUGACCUUCGAUUUGGAGAGUAGUUUAGAGUGAUUCAAGUUUUUUUUCAUUGUUACCAGAGAUUCCUAAGUUAUUGGGAAAUGCUUAAGUUUGUUAAUUGAGUUGUUUUUUAUUCAUUUAUUUUAUUUCCACCUUUGCGUUUGAAGGUGUUUUUGUUUAGGUUGAAUCGUGGAUUCCAAUGGAUUCUCCAACAUGUGGGUGCAUCCACCCACAUCUGAAUGGGGUUAACUUGAAGUUUUAUGGGCCAACCGAGAAGGUGGAAUCCAAGGACUCGGGUUCAUUCCACUUCAACCUCCCUUCCAUUAAGAACUACCAUACCCAUGAGGAUUUCAAAAAGCUUCCCCAUACCCAAAGACUUCCUUCCACAACCCGAGGUGAAAUCCGAGUUUGAGUUAGCUAUGGACCCCUUCAUAGAACAUUCAUCAAGACUAUGUGACACUCCACAACUGGAUACCAAGAGCUCAUUGGAAGUUGUCAUGGAAAAAUUUGAAAUUGCAUGCUCCAAUGUAGCUUAUCAACCCCCCUCCCCCCCUUCGAUUUGAAGCUAGGAGAGAAAGUUGAGCAAGCUUGUGCACGAAUUCAUCUCUUAACAUUUGAAGAGGAAGAGGAGGUUGAAGAGGCAAUCAAUGAUGACCCUGUGGAGCAAGAUGGUCUCAUCCUUGAAAGCUCUCGUGGUGAGGACCACCAACAGUGUUUCGCUAACGACUUCCACACCUUUACCCAUCCUAAACCAACUUUGAAGACCAAGUCUCGAGGGCAUAGGUGCAAGAUGACCUUAUGAAUGGCCUUGCAUGGAACUUGCUCUCCAAUUCGUGCUUGACGACAAGGAUGGGAAUGUGAGAGAGGAGCUUGAGAUCGAGGAAGUGAGCAUCGAGAAGGAAACUCUUUGUUCCAAGGGGAGGAAGAGAUUUUUGAAGUAAAAGGGGAGGUUGAGGACGCAAUUAGUGUCCAAUCAAUGGACAAGGUAAUGAUGGAUGAAGCCUCUACAAGUUACAAAUGCUGCCAACAAUCCCCCCCCCCCCCCCCCCCCCCCCCCCCCAACCUUGAUGCACUUAUAGAGAAAGACCCAUUUGAGGUGUCUCUUUGCCAAAACAAGGCCACAUCAUCAUUGAUCCUUCUUUGUGGAUGAAGUGGUGGUCAAUCUAGGUAUGCUACAAGCAGGGGCGGAGCCAGGAUUCGGAAGUCGGAGGGGCCGAAUUUUUUUCAUUGGAUCCGUCAAAUGUUAAAACAAUAAUAAUAUAUGAUAUGAACAAAAAUUUAUUACUGUUAUCGUGCAUACAUUAUUUAAGAUAAUUAAAAAAUCUAAACAUAUGAUAUGAACUAAAUUUUUUUGUCAGUAUGUUCAAGAUAAAUAAUAAAUGACAAGGAAAAAACUAAUCUUUCUUUUCCAGCUUGUACCAUAUUAUUCUUUGUUAUUGUAAUUGAACAAUAAUUGUAUAUGCAUAUUAGUAUUUGCAAAAUAAAAAUUGAUAUUUAAGCAGAAACUAAACUAAAGGUAAGUAAUUAGGUUUAAUUUUAAGCAAAAGCUGAACUAAAGUUAAGUAUUUAAGUUUAACUUUAAGCAAAAGUUAAAGAAAAGUUAGAAAAACUAAUAAAUUUGCUGCCGCUGGGGAUUGAAACAGUGUACAACACUAAGAAAAAGCAACAACAAGACCACUAGACUAUAAGAUACUACAUUGAUACAUUGCUGCACACUUUGAUAAUUAUAUUAACGUUAAAUUAUUUCAUAAUUUUAAAAAUUCUCGAUGUAUUUAUACGUGAUCUACGAAAUUCUCGGGGGGGCCGGGGCCCCCCCAAGCCUUAAGGUAGCUCCGCCCCUGGGCUACAAGGUAAGGGCAAAGAGAAGAAAGAAGAAGUGGUCUCACGGGUGGAGCUUUAAUUCUCAUCAAGUCUACGACCCAUCCUCACAACUUUUCACUCCAUAUGCACAUGAUUUGCACCUCCACAUCACCGACGAGAAUCUCAACUUCCAAGAGGUUUUUGGGUGGACCAAAACUUCAGCAUCCCCGUUCGGCUUAAGACGUAAAGGAAGUGCUAAUUGGGAUUUGGGAGGCAACCCAACACUUUGGUUUGUUAUUUAUUUCCAUUUGUUUUGUUUUUGUUUUGCUUGACUUGUUUUGUGAGUUCUUUGUGUAUAAACUACCAUUUUUAUAUUACGUGGCGGUUUCUACCCGAUCUACUCUAUAGGGAGUGCCCUCAAGUCUCGUCCAACAUUCUUCACACAUGAUCCGGUAACUUCAUUCCACACGCAUCUCUGUCCUACAUUGAGGACAAUGUCGUGCUUAAGUGUGUGGGUGUUGUAUAUGUGUGAUAAAUGGUGUGUGAUUGAAAUUUUGGUCCGUCUUUUGAGUGCUUGGAACUUGGAUACGCCGAAAUUCAAAACAUUUGAUAGCUCCAAGUACAUGUGUGAACGAAAUGCUUUUGGGCUUGAUUCGAGCCUAAUUAUACACAUUUGCACCCCUUUUACUUAAUCUCUUAACUUGGAUUCAUCGUCCUUGAGGCCAUUUUUUGCUAGGUUAUGCCUUGUGAUUUCAAAUCAUUCCUUACUCUAAAUGAUUGUUUCAUUACCAGUAACACACACUUUUAUCGAUAAGCAGCUUACGAUAAAUCGUAAGGGUAGUUAAUCUAAAUCUCACAUGUAAGAGUAAAAAAAAAAACUUGGUUAGGCUAAUUGGUUAUUUGAAUUCAAUUUUACAGAUCAAGAUGAACCCAUGAUUCUUUACAAUAGAACAAAAACCUGAUAACAUU